AUGUGCGACUACACCCAAAGAGAAUUUCGCUGCACUCACAAGCGGUAUAUUGUGUCCCGCUGGUGCGUUGUCUACAUCCGCACCCAACAGCGCUGUCAACCAUGCGUCACGCAUUUUGAGUACAGGGGAGAUGAGCUUUGCAGUGAAUGCAAACCUUCAGCGCCGAUCCCGUGGGAGAAUAUGAUUCGGCGCAACAACACGCCCAUCGGCCUGUAA